CACACAUACACACACAGGGUGAUGUAGGUGACACCCUGCUGACUCGGCCUACAGUGUGUGGACUUCCUGUCUUCUCUCAGACUCUCCGGGCACACAUCACUGGGAGCACCAGAUAUUCUGUCACAGAUUCCAGCUAUCUAUCCGCCUCGUUCUCUGCCUAGCAACAACCAUCUGAAGAUGGCCAAGGGCCUUUGUAUUGUCGUUCCUCUGAAUGGGAUGUUUGGCCCUACAGAAGAAGGGCAAGAAUGUGGACACUGCUACCAGCUGGACUUGAGGGCAUUGGUAGGCAUCAUCAUCUGUGACAUCAUCCUCACCCUCUUCCUCGCUGCUUCGGUGUUCUGUUUCACAGUGUGCAAGAGGAAGAGGAGCAGAGCCAGCCAUCAGGAGGUAAUGGCAAAGACCUCCAGUUCUGUGAGGAAGACAGCUGAGAUCACUGAAUCUCCUUACCAGGAGUUACAUGGAGUCCAAUUAAAUGUAUACGAAGAUCUUCAAACAUUCAGGAAAUGAGAUAUCUUAAGAGUGACACUCUCGGACAUUGUUUAUGGCUGGAAUAUGAGAAUAACAAGGUUACAAUGAUCUGACUGUACUAUUAGUAUGCUUUUUUCUGAUGUAGAGCUAAGAUAUAUGUGUCUACCUUACAUACUGCAUCUAUUUGUCUGUAAAAAGUACAGGAUCAUAUUUAACUUAAGGUUUACAUUAAAGUGUUGUUAUUUGGGAUAUUGGAAAUUCUUGCAUGAUUGUUUAUAUUGGAACUGUUAGUAUCUGCAUUGUUAUGUUUCUGUACUGUUUAUAUACUUAUAUUAUUCACAUUCUUAUGUA